AUGACAGAAUCGAAUGAGUCGUCGGGGAAUCGUUUCGACCGCCUCGAUGCCACAGCCAAGGUGGUUACUUCUGCCCUUACUCACAACAACUGUCGUCAUGGAUUCAUCGGUGGAUACGCAGUAUCUCUUGUUGGCGGCUUGAGAAUUACCGAUGAUGUUGAUCUUCUCGUCGAUGCAGACCCUGCAAAUAUCCGAGAACUGCUACUCCAAGUGUCCGGAUUCCAGUUGACCCGUGCCAAUAACCUGGUUUUCAUGCGCGGUAAAGACGUGGUCAAAGUUGAGAUUCUUCGUGGAGGCAAUACUCGACAGAUGAAGCUUCCUGAUGCCAAUACCGUUCCUCUUCACUAUUCUUCAUUGAGAAACGUGCAUGACAGCGAUACCGGAAUCCCCAUCGUACACCCGUCUGUCCUCGUGCUCACGAAGCUGAAGAGGUGGGCUCCCAUCGCUGAAUCCACUCGUCCGAAAAGUGUCAUAAAGGCUCGUGGUGACUUCGAGGACAUUACGGCAAUCCUGGACUGGCUUGUUGGAAACAAUCUUCGUAUUGAUUUUACAGCCUACCCAGAAAAACCAAAGGAGGAGCUACUGCCAUAUUUUCGGAAGUUGUAUGAAAUACAUUCCGAAUCUCGCUCCCUGCUCCAGGCCACGAUGAAGGCGCCUCAUCCGCAACUAGAUAGCUGGGAAAUAGUACGACAGUCGCGGACGACACAUUCAGCAAUAGUUAGAUACUUCUCCGCCAUUGAGCCCCAAUCCCACGAUUUCAUACCCUGA